AGGGAGACUGUACUGAUGAGGCAGCCAUCAGUCAUCAAUCCAGAAGAAACAAAGAGUCUUUGAUUUAGUGUCAGCUACAAGGCCAUACUUGUUUAUGCUUCUUCAACUUCGUCUACCCAUACUACCAGAUGGAGUUCAUUGCCACUCAUUCCUCACCAACAGCAAGCAGAAGCAGGAACUGCUGAGAGAGAAAUGCUUGUGCAGAAGCAGAGGAGAAGAGAAGUUAGAAGAAAGUUCUAUGGUUUUUCUUGUUGUUUUUUAAACUAAGAGAUGACAAACCAUAUGCUCCAUGUAGUUCCAAAAAAGCUUCAGAAACAGAGCUUCUAAGGUUGCUGUCCACAUUAAUGAUGAACACGUUGAAACCUUUCACGAAGAUCUCAUUUUUACACUGGACACAUUGGCUUCACCAAAUUUACCCAAGAUAGGUGAUGACCUAAAGGAAAUAUGAAAGGCAGAAUACAUGAUUGUUAUCCUUCAAAAUGAACAGUCUUACUAAAUUGACACUCCUUGUACACUUGUUGAAUUGACAGGAUUUGGAGCAUCUACAGAUAUGAAUUGCUAGGAACAUAUGCAUUCAACUUUAUUUUGAAAAAUUCUCUUGGCGGUGGAAGUAGCACCUCAUUGAGAAGUGAUCCACGGGACUUCACUGGUGGUGAGCAGCUGCAGGAGCAGAGCUCUGCCGAAGCUUCCAAAUCUCCCAAGUGUGAUUCGUUCCCUCUCUGCCCGCUGCCUACUGACUGUGCCUCUGUGGGCGCACUCAACGCCCCAGCUCGAAACAUUCCCCAGGUGGAGACGGUCGUAGGCCUUAAUAAGCCAUAUUAGUGACCACCAGAGACGGAAAUCGCUAAUUACGAAGUCCCCUUUGAUCUCCCCCAGCCGUUUGGUUCCCGACACUGGAGGUUCAGGCAUCUAUGCUUUCUUAGAACUGGAUGCGACUAGCGACUUUAGAGUCCGACCUCGGGCCUGCAGUUUAACUUAUGCGCCGAGGUCUGGAUCAGAUUUUUAAAAAUUUCCAGACUGCCCAGAUUUUAAAACCAGCCACAGAGCUGGUGUGCGGCUGGAAGCUAACAAACGCCCAAGUGUCUGAUUAAUUUCAGUAACUCAGUACCUCUGCGCUUUAAAUUUUGGGGGUAGGGUGGGGAAAUAAAUUAUUUAAAAUUUCCAAUUCACUGCCUUUCUCCCCUUCUCCAUCUUCUGCUUUCAACUCGUUUGUGGGAAAUGGAGUUUUCUCCUCUAUACUGGGACUGUAAUGUGAUUCGGGAUCAUUUGUGAAAUGAACAGAAGUCACCACCGGCAAACGGGACCACUGGGGCAGAACGCUGACGGCAGGCCGGAGGUGAGAGCAAAGGCUGGGCCUCCGAGGAUAAUUAGAAGCCAGCCUCCUCCCCGCCUGGUCUCCGUGGCCCCCCUUCAUCUUCCAGGUAAGAUGAAUGGCCCUUCAUCCAUCAUCCACAGCCCAGCCUCCUCCCCCAGGCAAGCAGAGAAUCUGCUACCCUAAGAAACCUAUUAGCCCCGAAUUGGGCAGCUUUGUGGAGCCAACCGAGGCUCUCUAUUGUGGCCUUUGUCUGAGGAAUUUAAGCAUUUACAUGACGCAUUAGCACGGAACUCCGCGCAGGGUCGGAACACCGCGUGCCAAACCCGGCGCGGACCGCGAGUUAGCAGCUCCCUCACCCGGCUGCUCCCGGGGACCACCCUCGCCGUUGCGCCUGGGUCACGCUGUAGGCGCUCUGGCAAGGAACGCCGUACCACAUCCUUCCUUGCCCACCUCCGGGCGGCUGCGCUUUGAAAGAAAUCGGCAACGUUCUGGUGGGUGAACCCGAGCUGGGUCCAUCUGAGCCUGAAGCCAGAGAAAUAAACUUGACUUUAAUCCGGUUCUCCAGGCGGUCGUUGGGGGCUUCGCCGUUUUUCAGCUUACCGUUCGGAGCCGUGCGCUCAACGGUCACUGGUGCCUCCGAAUGCAGAGGCUUCUUGGGUUCUAUUCGCCAGUUUGCGGGACCUGGACGCCGACCCGCGCGCCAGCUGAGAGCAAAAAGGAUUCGAGCAAAAAGCAUUUAAAGGGGAGAACGAUCCGCGGCGCGUGGGACUACGGCUCUAGGGAAUUUAGGAAGGAAUCCGCAAGCUUUGGAGGCACGCACUCUUCGCAGAGUAAAUGCAAACAUUUUAGUAAGGAUGAAGAACCCAAUGCUGGAGGCACUGUCCCUAUUGCUGGAGAAGCUGCUCCUCAUCUCCAACUUCAAGCUCUUCAGUUCCGGCGCCCAGAGCGAAAACAAGGCGAGGAACAGUUUUUAUGAGAUCAGCCGUUUCCUGCGCGGCGACGUGCUGGAGGUGCCGCGGACCCACCUGACCCACUACGGCAUCUACCUGGGCGACAACCGUGUCGCCCACAUGAUGCCCGACAUCCUCUUGGCCCUGACCGACGACAAGCGGCUCACCCAGAAGGUGGUCUCCAACAAGCGUCUCAUCCUGGGCGUCAUCGGCAGGGUGGCCAGCGUCCGCGUGGACACAGUGGAGGACUUCGCCUACGGAGCCGACAUCCUGGUCAAUCACCUGGACAAGUCCCUCAGGAGGAAGGCGCUGCUCAACGAAGAGGUGGCGCAGAGAGCGGAGAAGCUGCUGGGCUUGACUUCCUACAGCCUCCUGUGGAACAACUGUGAGCACUUCGUGACCUACUGCAGAUUCGGCACCCCGAUCAGCCCCCAGGCUGACAAGUUCUGUGAGAAUGUGAAGAUAAUUAUUCGUGAUCAGAGAAGUGUUCUUGCUUCAGCAAUCUUGGGAUUGGCGUCUAUAGUCUGUCUGGGCUUGGCAUCAUAUACUACCCUUCCUGCAAUUUUUAUUCCGUUCUUCUUAUGGAUGGCUGGCUGACUUCACAUCCCCGUGUCAGUGUGUGUAUUCUGUGUGUAAAUAUGUUUAUAUUUAUAGAGCACAAAUCAGUAUAAGCAUCUUCAAGAAAAAUGUGACCGGUAACACUGUGUUCUGGAUAAAAAUGUGAUUAAGAAUCACGCAGAGUGCUUACUGUGUAAGCCCAAGAACAAAGGCUUUCUCAAUCUUCUCAGGCAGUUGCAUUUCAAAGCACUGUGCAAAUCUUGGAAACAUGGCAACUUGUAAUAGAGUUCAACAUUACAAGAGAACCAGCCCGUAAGGUGAUGGCCACAGGAGAUUAUUUGCGUGUUUGUUGUUUGUUUUUUUCCUCUUGUAAUCCUUGCUCUUCUCUUGUUAGACCUGAAUUUGAAGACUAUAAGACUCCUUGAUUGAAAUCACUAACUUUAUUAUAAAUGUAUUCUUUUUCAUUGAAAAACUUAUAUUAAACUAAAAGAAUUUCCCUCAUUCAGUUGAAAACAUGUUUGAUGAUUGGCAAAAAAAAAAAAUCAUAGUCUUUUUUUUAAUGUAUUAUAUGCAAUUCCCAAUAAGUCAAGAAUAUUUUCAUUACUUGAAACCAUGUUGGCAAAGUUAGAGUUUAAUGAUAAAGUAACGACUGGAACUGUAGAAAUUUGUGUUUUCCUGCAGAAAACGCUCCUAUAGCAUCAGUUGAACAAUUCGAUUUGACUUUACUCACUAGGAAGCCUGGCAUUCAAUUUUUUCUUUUCCUUUUAUGUGUCACUGGGGUUACUUUAAACCACUCUGAGAAGUAAAUGGAUAUAGGAUUGAAAUAAUUUGGGUAUUUGGAGUGUGUAUGUGUCAAUCAAACAUGCAGAUGUCCACAUACACAUAGAUGGAUGAGAGACCAAUUUUGUUCUUGAUUGCUUUAUUAUCCACCAGUGUGGUUACCAUAGAGCAUCUGCAGAAGUGAGUGUAAAAGUAACUUUAGUCUGUUUUCUCAUGUCUGUGGUAUGAUUUGCAUAUAUGUCAUUGGACGGUUUACCUUUUUAAGCACUUACUAAUGUACUGUAUAAUUUUUAAAAGCCGUCAGAUUUGUCUGCUAACAGGUUUCUUCAUUUCAUUGCAAAGUACAGUUUAUAUCCUUAAAAGAAGGAUACCACAAAGAAAUAACUAUUAGAAGUGGUUUUUGAGUGUCUUAGUAACGCCAGGCAUGUAAAAUUGGUUACACUGAGGCUGUUUUAAUAUCAGAGUUGAGAUGUAGUCCUGUUAAAGCAAGCGUUCAAGUAGUUUUGCAGAAUUACCAAAUUGUAAAAACUAAGCCACAAGCUAGACUUGCAUUUCAAAUAUUAAAAUUUCUUGAUAAACUAUCAAGAAUCACAAAAUAAUGAGUCACAUGGUGAGCGUUAGGGGGAGAGUGGGGUCAGUCACUCAGUGAUCCAAUCAGAACAAAUUUAAUAGCAGAUUUUACAUUCUGUUGGAAUUUAACAUUCAGUUGGAGUUCAAUAAUAAUUAUAGUUUAAUUUAAAUGUUUUAAAUAGUUAAAACAUGAAAUGGUAACACUACAGAAUAAAGUUUCUCUGGGCAUAUUCCAACCACUUAAAAUUAUUUUAAGUAUGUAUACACUGUGAGAACUCUAUUGUAUUAGUGGUUUUUCACUUCCUGUUAUUACCCUCGGAGCAAGUGUUUAAAUAAAUUGAUCUUUUAAAAACACGAUGUCCUUCUAAAUAAAUGCCUUUUUUUU